ACAACAGACAACAUCAGUUGCAAUCAUAUUCAAUAGUAGAGAGAACAGCAGCAACAAGUAAGAAACCCACAAGCAAAGAAAACCUCACUACUUCUGCUAACUUAUUGUCUUCAUUUCAACAAAAUUUCUGAACUUUCAUUCUACUGUUUCUUCCAAUGGAUUCAUUGGCAAUUCUAAAACCCAUCACUACAAUCCACCAUUUCCCUUCAAAGUCCACACCUUUUCACCCUUCCCUCCCUCUCUACUUCCAGUUCUCUCGCGUUUGUUUCAAAACCUCACAUUUUGCUGCAGUUAAAAAGAAACCUAAGGAAAUUCGCUGUGAAUUUGAUAGCAAAGUUAAUGGCUCUCCUCUUUCUUCAGACUUUGACGCUCGUUUCCUUGACAAGCAAAAGGCAUUGGAAGCAGCGAUGAAUGACAUAAAUAACUCGUUUGGAAAGGGUAGUGUUACAAGAUUGGGGAGUGCUGGUGGAGCAUUGGUCGAGACUUUUCCCAGUGGCUGUUUGACACUUGAUUUCGCGUUAGGUGGUGGUCUGCCCAAAGGGAGAAUUGUAGAGAUAUUUGGUCCAGAAAGUAGUGGAAAGACCACCCUUGCACUCCAUGCAAUUGCAGAAGUGCAGAAGUUUGGAGGCCAUGCUAUGCUUGUUGAUGCAGAGCACGCAUUUGAUCCAGCAUAUUCAAAAGCAUUGGGAGUGGAUGUAGAAAAUUUGAUUGUCUGUCAACCUGAUAAUGGCGAGAUGGCACUUGAAAUUGCAGAUCGUAUGUGCAGGUCUGGUGCUGUAGAUCUUAUCUGUGUUGAUUCUGUAUCAGCUCUCACUCCAAGAGCAGAGAUUGAAGGUGAGAUUGGGAUGCAGCAAAUAGGUUUGCAAGCACGCCUUAUGAGUCAGGCAUUGCGUAAAAUGUCAGGAAAUGCCUCAAAAGCUGGUUGUACACUCAUUUUCCUUAAUCAAAUAAGAUAUAAGAUUGGUGUAUAUUAUGGGAAUCCAGAAGUGACAAGUGGAGGAAUUGCUUUAAAAUUUUUUGCCUCAGUUCGUCUUGAAAUACGUUCUACUGGGAAGAUAAAAUCAGUUAAAGGAGAUGAAGAUGUAGGGGUUCGGGUUCGUGUAAGAGUGCAGAAGAGUAAGGUCUCAAGACCGUACAAGCAAGCCGAGUUUGAAAUUAUAUUUGGAGAGGGAGUGAGUCAACUGGGUUGCAUUUUGGACUGUGCUGAAAUGAUGGAUGUUGUGGUAAAGAAAGGUUCUUGGUAUAGCUAUGGGGAUCAUAGGUUGGGACAAGGAAGAGACAAAGCCUUACAGUACUUGAGAGACAAUCCUCAUCUUCAAGAAGAAAUAGAGAAGAUAGUUCGAUCCACUAUGACUGAUGGAACAGUAAAUAUGGGCACUCCACAAGCGAGGAACAUGUCAUUGCCUCUUCAAGAUGAAAAUGUUUACGAUGAUAUUUGAUGCGGAUGUAACAGAUUUUCUUGACUGGUUAUAAAAUUUUGCCUGUCUCAUUGCACUGAGGCUGGGAGGCUAGUCGAAGGCACAACAGAACAUAUAUUCUUUCUUGCCAGGUCAAGCCUAGGCAGAGUGGUGGUGCAUCCACAAAUAUGUUGGUCCAUUCAGUUCAAAGGGUUAAACUGGCUGACAUCGGUUUUCAUUUAUCUGUAACAUAAUCUCGUAGAAAACUGAAAUGGCAUGGUGUUGUCUUGCACUUGGUUGCAGACGCAUCAUCCAUGCAAAUGUUGGUGCUGGAGGGGGAAGAAAGGGUUGGAGGUUUUUCUUACAAGUUCUGAGAAAUUAAUGUUAACAGCUAUUACUCGCAAA